AUGAAUUCAGUUCUAGUCAAUAUCUUGUUUUCAGGUGUUCUAAGUUAAACUUAGUAAUUAUUCUACUAUGAUGUGAAAACUAUUAUUAUUGGAUUGAAACAAGAGUUAGUUUAUCAUCUGCUAGAAUUUAAAUUUAUCCAGAUGUUUAGUCUUUUGAUAAUGAUUAAUUCUGUGCAGUUUGGAUUGAAGAAGAUUUGUAAAUGUAGGGAAAGAUUAAAUAUAAAGAUUUACUAAAGACUUUGUCAGAAUAGAGAUGAAAUUGUUGUCUCAGAAAAUGUAUAAUUGAAAUAUGCUUAAAGAUUUGAUACUCCAAUUCUUAUUUAAUCUAUUGCUAAUGUAUAUGUUAAGUCAGGACAUAAAAUCAUUUAGAAUCAAAUAUCCUUGUUUAGAAAUUACAUAUUCAUUUUUAUGAUUUAUAAGAUAAUCAAAAACGUGCAUUUAUUUUAAAUAAUUAAAAAUUCAUUAAAAAUUCAAAAGCCUUUUAUUACUUUAAAUAAUGAAAUCAUUGUUAUUGUUUGGUAGUCAGAUUUUGGAAUCAUAGCAAGCAAGUUUAGUUUAAAGUAUAUAUCAGCUAAGAUAUUUUAUCAUCUAAUUGUAGAGCAACUUCUAUUUGCACUUUAAGUGAUAAUAAAUUUAUAAUUACUUAGAGGGAGUCUGUUAUAAAUAGCUGAGAUAUCAUGA